AGACGAGCAGGAAGUAGAAGAAGCGCGUUGCAGGCUCAAUUCAGCUAAUAUUACUCCAGGACGCGACAGCAGAACCAGAAGGUAAGAUCUCGUCAGCCAACAAAAGCUUUGCUCGCAGGGAGCGCCACUCGCCGUUUGGCAUCACCGGCUUGUUUUAUCUGUGACCUGAUCUUUGACCUUCAACAAAGCAGCCAUGUCGUCGACAUCUCAGAAACAUCGAGACUUUGUGACCGAGCCAAUGGGAGAAAAACCCGUGUUUGCUCUUGGGGGCAUCGGUGAGGUCCUCGGCAAAAGACUGGAGGAGAAGGGUUUUGAUAAGGCGUACGUCGUCCUUGGACAGUUUCUGGUCCUCAAGAAAGACGAGGAGCUUUUCCGGGAAUGGCUUAAGGACACUUGUGGUGCAAAUUCGAAACAACAAUGUGACUGCUUCAGCUGCCUUAAAGAAUGGUGUGACGCCUUCCUAUAAAGGAUUCAUCUGUCCGUUUUUUACAUUUUCUGGUAGUUGAAACUGUUCAUCGGCUCUUCACUAGAUUUAAAUCCACCAUAUACAUAGACAUAUAUAUAUAUUUAUAUAUAUAUAUAUAUAUGAACAAACACUGCAACACACCUAUGAGGUUUAUUGAAGUCAAGUUUUAAUCAUACAGUUGCUUUUUCACUGACGUUCACGGUCUGUUUCACAUUUUAAUUGUUCUUAAAGACCAUCUAAAUAAAUUUGAAAGUUGUUGGUAAAGUUGUUUUCCAAGAGUUCAAGCUUUACUGCUGCUAUUGAAUGUACACAACACAAGCUCAAGGCCCCUCCUCCCCGAUUGUUGACUGGACAUGAUUCAAAUUCAAGAAGGCUGUUUGGAAGCCAAAAAGAUCUUCAGCAAAAUUGAUUGCAGCCUUUAUUUGACAAUCCCACAUCUGUGUUUGCAAGUUUGCCAAAUUAUUUAUAGACUGAUUUCCUCGGUUUGAACAAAGCUGCUCACUAUUCAUUCACCCUUUCUUGAUUAUUUGAUUUUCCAACGUAUCGAAAGGUUUAUAAAGCUACGUGAAGCUCAUCAGCACAUCAUAUCACUGUUUGUGCUAUUUAUUGGUCCACAGCCAAUUUUGAAGAGAGUUGAUGGGUUGCCUGUUAGGCACAGUUGAAAACUACAUUAAACGAAAAAAAAAAAAAAAUGGUAAACUGACAUUCGUCUCAGCUGUGUGUGCGUGUAACAUUGUAAUUGGUUAACACAAAUGCAGUUUUAAAGUUUGACCUUCCAACUUUGUUUUGAACAAGUCUACAAAUGAAAACGCUGGCAAUUUUUCUCUCAAACAAAAAAUAUAGACUGCAGUUGCUCCAACCAUAAUAAUAUCUACUAAAAAGCUCUCACAAAAAAAAGGCUUUUUGUUCAAAUGUCACAUUGAAGUAAUCAUUUGAUGUUAAGUGAAGCUGAAGUUUCUUUGUUAACUUUAAACAUAAGAUGCCUUCAUAUGUGUUAUCUGUAAUUAAUCCAGUCAGGUGAGCUGUGUGAGCGUAUAACCGCUGCUUGAUGCUUGUCUGGCUCUGAAAACAUUAGUUUUGCUCUUCGGAAUUGAGGAAAUGAAUGAAUUUGGACGUGUUCACUGCAGUGGCUCUUUAUCAAAUAAAAUCGCAAAUGAAGAAAUG